AUGGAGGACGCUCAACGGCCGAAGCAGGCUGCCUGUUUGCUCAAUGCUGAAUGUAUUCGUCCCACUUUCCAUGCUGGGCGGCAAAAGGGCAUUAAGAACAAGCGCAAAGGCUUGGAGAAAGCCCUCUUUCAGGUAGAACAGGCUCUGAAGCGCGUCAAGUCAGGCGAGCAGAACGAUGAGGACAGCAGGGCUCUGUUCGACCUUCAAAAUCUGCUCGUUGAAACGAAGGAUCAUCCAUCCGUGAGCUUCAGUACGACGAGAUUGCAACGUCGUGAAACUGUGGAUGGCGGUGAUGAUCUUUCGACGGAUGAAGAUGAUGAGACGGAGGACACCCCUGAUAGCAAUGCGUACGUCGCACAGCAUAGAGAAGGCAGUCUGACGAUUGAUGAUGCCGAAAACCCUCUCCAGCUGCUCGCUCGGGCAUCCAACCUCCAGCUGUCUCCGACUCCUGGCGGUCCUUCGCCUGGGCAGGUCACUAAGAGCGGCCGGAAGAAGCUCCAGCCUGAACAACCCGACGAGGAUACUGAAAUACAGUCAUUUUUCACGUCUGUGCGUGUCAACCUCGACGUUGGCGAUGAAAUCGAUCCCAUCAGCAUGGGUCUCGUAACAGAGGCGGAAGCUGAAGAUCUAUUUGCGUAUUUCCACAAGAACCUUGCCCACACCCGAUGGGGACUUGAUCCUGUCAUCAACACAGUAUCAUUCACAAGGGCCCGGUCUGCGUUUCUGACCACAUCAAUCAUGGCUUCCUCAGCGCUCUUCAGACCACAAGAUGCUGCGCUGUCGAAGCGACUAUCUACUCAUGCCAAGAGCCUGGCGCACAGAGUCGUCAUCAAAGGACACAAAUCGGUCGAAAUCGUGCUUGCAUUCAUGGUGAAUGUCCCAUGGAUGUUCCCAGGCCAGCAUAGCACGGACGACGAGACGUGCUGGUAUGUUUCCAUGGCAAUGACCAUCGCGAUAGACCUCUCCGUACAUAAGCUGCUCGUUUCAACGGACAUGCUCGGUUCCGCAGCAGCGGUCGCUCGCGGUGACUGCGUUGAUCCCCGUACCGCCAUGGCUAUUGACGGACUCGGCAACAUUGACCCAGCGUCAACCAUGGGCAGACGGUUACUUCGACGGCGAGAACGAUGCUGGAUUGCAUUGUUUGUGCUUGAACGUGGCAUGUCUUUAGCUCGCGGACGAAGCUUCACGGUUCCCAUUACGCGGUCUUUGCGGGACUGUGACAACUGGCACAGGUCAGAUAUUGCUGAUCCUGCCGAUGGACAUCUGGUUUCCAUGGCUGUUCUGCGUCGUGACUUGGACAGCAUCUUCGCGACAGUCCGGGCAAUGUGCGAUGGAUCACAAAACACAUUCUCGGAUGGAUCUCUCAUCGCCCAAUCGAUUCAAGGCGCGAUCGAACGCUUCUUUGAUCAAUGGAAUACAGACUGGGGUUUAUCUAUUGGAUCUGGACCGGAGCGAAAACUGCCACCUUAUGUUGAAAUUCUUGUCACUCAUACACGUUUAUCCAUCUACAGCGGCGUCAUCAAUCACCCGACAGCUCCCAUUGAAGUACGCCAGUUCUUCCGCACGGCUGGCAUGUCAUCGGCAUUGACGGUUCUACGGGUAGCCAUCCAGGGCGAAGCUAGGCUUCAGUCGAUGCCGAACAACACGUGUAUCAUGAUUGCAUUUGCAGCAUGCUUCGCUCUCACGCUGAGCGCAUACGCCAGUGGAAGCUCCAACCUGGCCCCAAGUGUCCGAAAUCUCAUCGAGCAGACAGCGUGCGUCCUCGAGCGCGUCGGCAACAAAACGAAACACCGCAAUGGGUUAUCCACACUCUACGGCAAAUACCUGCGAGGCCUCACCAAAAAGGCUGCUACUGCGGCUGAAGAGCACUCGGUGGCGCACUUCCAACCCGCCGCCGAGACACUGGGGGCUGCCCAGUUCGGCUUCACCGCUAUCCCAGCAAGCAAUGACCAGAGUCUGGCGGCCCUCGGAACAGCGGAAGCACAGCCGGGCUAUCCACAACCGCCAACACAGUCACAGUUGUGGCCGGAGACCUUGCAGUUCUCGACCAUGUCUGAUGAGCAGAUCAUUGAGAUCCUCAAUCAGCCGCACAAUUCCGUUCGACCCAGCAGGUGCCAACCUCUCAUGGGAAGACAUGGACAAUUUUGA